UGCAAAGCGAUCCUUCUCACCAUGUCUCUUGUUCAUUUCAUGAGCUUCUCUGAAGCCCGAGAAUUCCACGUCGUCGACGAUAAGGCUUCGUGGCAGAUCCCCGCCUCUCCCGACACCUACGAAAAAUGGGCCCAAAAAAAUCGCUUCCUAAUCGGCGAUUCCAUCCUUUUCAAGUACGACAAAAAGUUGGAUUCAUUGGUGGAAGUGAGCGAAGGAGACUACAAAACAUGCAGCAGAUCACACCCCAUCAAAUCCUACAACGAUGGAAAUACCAAAAUUACCCUCGACAAGUCCGGCCCCCGUUUCUUGAUCAGCGGCACCGACGGCCACUGCGAAAAGGGGCAGAAGCUGGAGAUAAGGGUUCUCUCCGCCAACCACCACCACCCUGCCGCGGCUCCCUCUCCAUCGGUGCGAAACGGCAGCCACCACCACCAUGCCCCCGCCCCUGCCCCGCAUCACAGCGGCGGUGAGAUGCUUCGAGCCGGCGUUUUUGUCGGCGCUGCGAUGGCGAUAAUGUUUGCUCUUGUUUAGGGUUUUGGAAUGGAAUUUGUUGGAAAAAGUUUCGCUGUUUGUUUCAUCAAUGGUUUGUUUCGU